AUGGCUGCCAAAACCGCUCCGGCAGACAAUUUGAGCCCCGAUGAAAUGGAGUCUCACUACUUCAAGACGAACCCACAGCCUGUCUUUCUCCAAACUCACACCUCCGUUGCGCGAACGUUCAUAGACAGGCAUGUGGAGGCUAAUCGACGAGUCGUACUGGUUACAUCCGGUGGUACUACGGUACCGCUUGAGACGCAAACGGUUAGGUUCAUAGACAAUUUUUCAGCGGGUACUCGUGGCGCUACAUCGGCGGAGUAUUUCCUCCAAGAGGGCUACGCAGUGAUCUUCCUUCACCGGCAAUUCAGCUUGCUCCCUUAUUCUCGACAUUACAGCCACUCAACGAAUUGCUUCCUUGACUUCAUGGACGAGGCUCCCUCCCAGCCGGCAUCUUCGUCGCUCUCCUCGACGAUUGGUGGACAAAACAGUGAGCAUGGCCCCAUUGUGGUUCGUCCUGAAUAUCAGGAUGAGAUGCGCAAGGUGCUUCGACAAUACCGUUACGCCAAGGAGAACCACCUCUUGCUACUAUUACCCUUUACGACCGUAACCGACUACCUAUAUGAACUCCGCACAUUAGCAAACCUCAUGAAGCCUCUCGGCGCCAACGCUCUUUUCUACCUCGCAGCGGCUGUGUCCGAUUUCUUUAUUCCCCGCGAUCGAAUGGCAGAGCACAAAAUCCAGUCGAACGAGAUUCCAGCUCCUGAGCAGCAAUCAGUCACCGCUGCCCACACCGCAAUAUCUCCAGAUAGCAUAUACACGGGCUUCAACGAUCCCAAUGGGCCCCAAAAGCAGCAAAAGAAACUCAUCGUCGACCUUGACCCCGUUCCCAAAUUUCUCCACCGCCUGGUCAACGGCUGGGCACCCGCAGGCUCCAUGAUCGUCAGCUUCAAACUUGAAACCGAUCCAAACCUCCUGAUACUAAAAUCCGAACAAGCUAUCCAACGCUACUCACACCACCUUGUCAUUGGUAAUUUACUCACCAAUCGAAAAUGGGAGGUUGUCUUCGUGAGCCGGAAACCGGACGGAGGUAUGCAGGAGCGCUGGAUUCGUAUCCCGAGACCUAGGGGCAGCGUGAGCGGUGCAUUGCCGGGGAUGUGUGCGGGACUGGAAGCUGGGUUAUCGGCAUCGGCGGCGGCGGCGGCGGCAGCUGCGCGAGCCGAAGAGCAUUCUCGGAAAGAGGUUGAGAUUGAGAGUGUGAUUAUUCCGGAGCUGAAGAAGAUGCACACGGCUAUGAUUGAAAAAGCAAAGUCUGCGCAUGCUGACAAAGCGUGA